AUGUAUGCAUCCCCCUUUUACUCCGCAUCCACACAGUAUCCUGCGGAAUCCAUUCCAUCCCCAACCCUGAGUAGCUUUUCUCGUCCCAUUACCUCUUGUCUGCCGUGUCGUAAUCGCAAGGUCAAAUGUGACCGCCGACAACCGCUAUGUUUGGUGUGUGAGCGAGGUGAUUAUGCCUGUUCUUAUGUCUCAAACCCUCAGUCCAAGCCUCAGGCGGCGGGACUGGUCUCGGAAAAGAGCCGCAUCACCAAACCCAAAAGUGCCCCCAAGAUCUCUUCAUCCACGCUAGCCCGAAUCAAUCCUGGUCUUCAGCGUCUUGGCGAUUUUAUGGCACAAGCGAAAGCAUAUGAGGCAUCGGAGCAUACUCGUUCGUCGCUGGACUCGUCCACGCCCACACGAUCGACUCCCGCCCCCUAUAAUGCGCCGCGAUCGCAAGAAGAUGCACUGAUUCUCGAUAAUGGAGUGCCCCACUUUGUCUCCGGCAAACACUGGGCCUGGAUGGCAACAGAGCUCCAAGACAUCCAAUCCGUUCUCGCGGAGUCUCAGAAUUCCUCCCCCGAACCGGGGCUCGAAGAUGUCAUCUGGGACACCGAUUCACCUGUGGCUAGCCGAGAUACCUUCUGGCCCGAUACACGAGAGGAUUGCUAUUUACUCCUGAAUGUUUUCCUGGCCAAUGUCGACCCAAUUCACAGAAUUGUUCAUCGUCCAAGUUUGGCCCGUCGCUUUGACGCAUUCGUCAGCACCCACUACCAUCUAGAGGACGAUCAACCCCCUGUCAUAACAGGAAGCAGUAUGAUUUCUAACCUGAAGAAUAUGAUCUCAUUCGAGCCGCUAGCCAUGUCCAUCUUCUACGCAUCCGUCAACAGCAUGAAAGAUACUGACGUGUCCGCCAUGUUUGGCACGGACAAGUCCUACCUCCUGAAUCGAUACCGAGUAGGAACGGAGGUGCAUCUGAAACGGCAUAAAUUUAUGACCUCGAGAGUCUUUGAGGUUUUGCAAGCAUUUGUGAUUCUACUGACCGCGCAAUAUCGGGAAGAUGAUAUGGGAAAGGUAGGGCCGUUGACUGGGUUGGCUAUCCGAGUGGCGACGGUCCACGGACUCCACCGGGACCCUUUAGCUCUACCGCUGGGGACGAUGGACGCCGUACAGGUGGAGCUGCGUCGUCGCUUGUGGGCGCAAAUCUGUUACUUGGAUUUCCGCACGACGGAGGAUCAUGGGUUUGCGCCUUCGAUUCAUGAGUCGGACUUCGAUACGCGUCGGCCCCUCAGUGUAGAUGAUGUAGAUCUGAUCGAAGGGGCGGUACCCUCACCCGGACUCUCAGAUGCUCCUAAAUUCACCGAUAUGACCAUCUAUCUCCUGCGGAUCACCACGGUCCAGUAUUACGGACGCAUUUUUCAGAUGACACAUGCUCCACGAAAAAGAUUGCGUGCCAGCAUCGGUCCUGUGGGCGAGCCUGAAGCAUUAACGGAGCUGCGGGACCUGUUAAACAAUGCUGAGACCCUCGCUGAAGAGUUUGAGAAGAACUUGGACGAUCUUGUUCGAUACUGCGAUAAGAGGGUUACUAUGCAAUCAAUGGCCUUGGAUUUGAGAAACCACUUGAAAUCCAAAUUCUGGGUCAUGUUCUGGAUUCGAAUCUCUCGUCAAGAUCGCGAAAAAGUCAUCAGUCCCGCCAUGAGAAGAAGGAUAUUCGUGGAUGCCGCCACGGCCAUAGAGAACUGGUGUACCAUCGCCUCCGGCAGGGCCCGUGAACCCUUCCAAUGGCAUAUAUAUGCCCAUGCCGGCUUCUCCCUGAUUCUCUACGUACUCUCCGAACUCCGCAGCCCCGGCUUCCAAUCCCCGGAGUGGGCCGAUCUCCGCCAGCGAGGCCUCCACUUAGCGAACGCCAUCUACGAGAUUCGGGGUCAGCAUACCACGGGUGCAUGGCCCGCAAUCAUUUGGUUGGUGAAUCGGAUUCGAGGGCAGCAGGGACUCAGUUCUGGUAUCACUGACAACCAACCUACUGGGGCCGGUUCAUCUGAGAAUAAUCACCCUAUGUCGAUGAAUACUUUUGCUGCUGCUCGUCCGGGCUCAGCGGGGAUGGGCAUUGACACGCCGGAUUUCAUGGGCAUGGUGAAUCUAGAGGACUUUGAUUUUGCCGACUUUGCUAGUUUGGAUCCGACGUGGUUUCAUGGAUUGCCACAGUGA